AUGUAUUCGUCAUCUAACUCAGAGGUCACCGAGCCUACAUACACCCCUUCCCAGUUCUCCCAGCUCUUCAGCUGUCUCACCUCCACGAUGCCGUCCCCUACAGAACCCCCUGGACCUCGGGGGACCAACGCCAUCAACAACAUCAGCGACACCAAUAAGGACAAGGGUGCACCCAACCCCAACCCCAGUUGCUCUGGGACAGAUCCAAUUUUGUUUUCGCUUCCACUUUCAGCCGAAUUCGAACAUGCAGGAGUACUCUCUACGACUCCUGGUGAGGCGUUGCCGGGUACCUUUAUGAUCACCGACGAACACCGCAGAGAUGAUGAUAAUGAUGAAGAUCAAGAUGAAGAUGACGAGAUUCUCUUCAUGCGGUCGACCCCUAACAGCAGCCACGCCUCCAGCUUGCGGGUUGGUACUAUGUCCCGAAGCAGAUAUAGUAUGUUAGGGACCACACAACCGGAUGGGAAAGAUGAGAGUCACAGUGACAGUGACAGUGACAGUGACAGUGAUGGUGGCGCUCCCCUCUUUACGCCGUCUAGAGAUAAAACCCUCGGCGACAGCAGCCGUGAAGAAACCCGGGCCAAAAGAUUCGAUGGUUCAGAUCUCGGUUGUCCAGCACAACUGGUUGACAGACACCAACAAGAGUUCCAGCAUGGCCACUGGGCCAAUUCGAACACAAAAGCAGAUGCUCUGAACAUACACCACCACCGACCCAAGACGCUGCUUGCCUCAUUUCGUCCUGGGAUGCAAUUACCGCUAGGAAUUCGAACCGAACCUGAUCCUGAUGCCCACCCCGCGUAUUUUUCGACGCGCUUUAUAGUCAAACGUGCUGUGGCCCGGUUGCAGGCACGACGACUCAACCGUCUCUCUUCUUUAGAUCAUUCGGGUCGGAUCGAAUCCUUGAUAGAUGGCGAGCAGCAGACGAACGACAUCGAGCAGCAGACGAACGACGUCGAGCAGCAUCAUAUCAACGGUAGAGGUACUUAUUACAACCCCCCUGCAAGCCCUCUUCCAACCCAAGCUUCCAAACCACUCACCACAACUACCACUACUAGAAAACCCAACUACUCCAGACCGCCCACAGAAACUUCCACCACCGAAAAUCCCACCCCCUCCUCCGUCCAACUAGGACCCUUCACCCUCUCCCCUUCCGACGUCGCCCUCCUCGCCUCGUCUGAAGCGUCCUUCAAGCGACUUACGACGCCCAAGUUCCAUCCUGCUUUUAGCGGUAGCAGCGGCAGCAGACGCUCCUCUCAUCGGGUAUCUCGCCUGAUUCAAGAUAGCGCGGAGGAAUGGAUGGAUCUUUCACUUGAUGUUGGAGCUAAGCUUGGGCCGAAGAAGAAGAAGAUGAAGGAGGAGGAGGAGGAGGAAGAAGAUAAAGAAGAGUGGGAGUGGGUGGAUCAUCCGAUGGGGAGAAACAGGGGGUAUGCAUAAUCCUAAUGGGGAGAGGAAGGGGAUAUGUGAGGAAUGGGGGGUUUGGAAGGAGGGAGGAGGAAUAGGAGGAAGGAAGGUAAGAAGACAGUACUCACACGUGGAGUAAGUCUAGUGUCGCUCAGCCAUCUGAAUGGGCGGGUUUCUUUUUGGAGGAUAAUAGCGUUGAUAUUGAUGAGGGGUUUGUUGAUAUUCGUCCUGGUCGUGUGAUGAAGAAGCAAGCGUAAAAUGAAAAGUGACGGAGAAGAGACUUGGAUAAUUUCGAGAACGUAAUUUGGAUACGGAGAGGGAAACGCGAUAGUAAUACACGUAUGGGAUCCAAGGUAGCAAUUUAAGUGUAUCCUUGGAAAGAAUCGAUUGUACAGAUGUCUGUCAUUCAUAUAAGUGAAUUGAUAGAGAUAGACAUCAUGGGAAGAGCGUGAAUAGAUACCUCCAGGUUGGGAAUAUCUCCAAGUUGCCCAACGUCUCUUGUUCCUUU